UAGCAACGAGGCAGAUCCUCUCCGACAAAGGCGUAAGAGGAACGUGCGCGCGCUAUCAUGCACGCACUGCCGCUAAUAUUACCGUACGAUGUAACGUAUAGCGUGGGAUAUAAUCGUGUACACACGGAUAUCAUCGUGUAGGUGUUCGCUCGCUGUUGCUGCUGCUGCUGCUGCUGCUGUUGCUUGUCGAAGGAUACAGAGUCAGGGGCGGAGAAACGGUACGUAGAACAGUUAGACGACGACCCACAUCGAGCGGAGCCUCGCAGCGGCCGGCGUACCAGUUUCUUCGACCUUGCACCACAACCAGGCGCCACAAACGGUCUUCUAAAAUUCUUGUGAGGCCGUCAGGAGAGGGGAACGAUUCGUUUAUCUUUCCUGGGGAGCAGCGAGAUCUGUCAUCAAUCGUUUAUGGAAUUGGCGAAACAUACCUCGCAAAAACUGAAGUCGUAAUGUAUUGUAUACAGAGGCUGCAAUGCCCGGAUGCAUCAGAUGGCGCGAAUUGAAGUUGAUUUUCCCUCGACACGUCUUGGCCUUUUCUCAUAUCGAUAGCGAGCUUGAAAUGAUACGAUAUUACGCGAUAUUAAGAAAAAAUUAAGUUCAAACAGAGAUAUCUUUUUCAAACCUCGUUGCAUUGCCGCCGCACGAUUUCCUGAAUCGCGCGAUAACGAUACGCUUGCGCCGGAAUCUGAUCUUCCGAAUCUGUCCUCACCGCGCAAGUCGUAAAAAUCAUUCGACGGCCUCGUCAUAAAUCAUGAAGUUCAUAAAGCGCGCGCAGUCAGUAUCAGCCACUUGCAAGGCGCACUUGCUCCCAAGCUUCACCUUCGAGGGAAAUAUCGCUGAGCAGUCUCGCUUCAAUUACCCGUCGCAGUUGUUGUGAAACGCGUAUAGCAUACCAUGACGUCGCGAAUCGUAAGCAUUAUCGCUCUGUGCGUUCUGCUGAGCGACGCACGCAAAUUCGACGAUGGAGCGAAGGAUAAUUAUUGGAAUGAGAUCCGAGGGAGCAGUGAGGAGACAAAGGAGCUGUAUAAAACCAUCGAGAUCCCGAAGCGUUCGAUUGGGCUCGAUGACGAUCGAGACGCUAAGCCGAGUCGUAUCCAGAAUGUACCGGUACCUGCCUUAAUGGCCAGAUACGUCGUUAAUCAAGCUGAUUGGGCGAGCGUAGCGACGAUAAGCACAAGGAAGGAUGUUGAAAGUUUUCCCGUUGCAAAUUUGAUCUCCAUCGCCGACGGGCCUGUUGGAAACGGUACUGGAGUACCGUACAUGUACCUCACUCCUCUCGAUUAUACCGCUCAAGAUCUUUCUAAAGAUCAUCGUGCGACUGUGAUGGUAUCAUUAGCUCAAGGCAACUAUUGUAAGGAUAAAGGAUACGAUCCAAUGGAUCCGCGAUGCGUUAGAGUCCUCCUAACUGGAAAGAUUGUUGCACUGAAAAACGAGACUGACCUGCAAAAAUUCGUGAAGAAAUUAUUUUUCGCCCGUCAUCCGAAACUGGAGAACAUGCCCGCAAACCACAAAUUCUUUUUGGCCGAAUUGAGGAUAUCGACAAUCGCGAUGCUGGAUACCUUCGGUGGACCGAAAUACAUUCCCGUCGAGGAUUACUUCAACCCGCCACUCAUCCGCAAUUCUCUACGUGCCAGAAAACUCGCGUCGCCGUUUAUUUUCAAACCUAUUUUUUGAUAAGCGUACUUAAGUAAUUCUGUCAGAAUCCGGCAAGAUCCUGACAGUCCGAAUCCCCGAGACUUAAUGUCUAUAGGGUUUCCUAGGAAUUUUUAAAAAUUUAACAUUUUUAAAUUUCUCAAUUAAAAUGACUUGCAACGUUAUAAGAAUGAUGUAAAAAAAAGGCUAUGCGAAACUG